CCCAACCUCCUCUCCUUGUUCCUCCUCUGUUCUGCUCUGCUCUGCUCUCCCCACACAGACGGAACCAAUACACCUCCAUUCAAUUCUCGAGCAAGUGAGUGGGUGAGUGAGUCAGCCAGUCAGUCAUGGGGGAGGGCAACGAUGGCGCCGACGCCAAGGAAGAGGAGGAGAAGAAAGGAACCGGCGGCGGUGACGAGGGAGAAGACGACGAUGAGGGGAAUGGGAAGGCAAACAAGAGCAAGCAGCAGCAGAAGAAGAAAGACGAAGAUGGCGGCGACGGGAAGAAGAAGGCGGCGACGGGCGCGGUGGUGCUGCGGGUGGACCUGCACUGCGACGGCUGCGCACGCAAGGUCGUGAAGGCCAUCAGAGCAGCCCAAGGAGUGGAGUGCGUGGCGGCGGACGUGGCGGGCGGCACGGUGACGGUGACCGGCAAGGGCGCCGACCCCUGGGACCUCAAGGACCGCAUCGAGUCAAGGACGCACAGGCCCGUCGCCUUCGUCAACCCCCCGGCCCCCAAGAAGAAACCCAAUGGCGGCGCUGCCGACGGCAAGAAGCUGCCGGACGACGACACGGCGAAGAGCAAGACCGGCGACGACAAGGCGAAGAAGAACAAGGAGCCCCCGCCGGAAUCGACGGUGGUGGUGAAGAUCGGGCUCCACUGCAACGGUUGCAUUGACCGGAUCAAGCGGACCGCCCACAAGAUCAAAGGUGUGAAGCAGGUGACGGUGGACACGGCCAAGGAGCACGUGACGGUGAAGGGCACCAUGGACGCCAAGGCCCUACCUGACGUGCUCAGACGCAAGCUCAAGAGGGACGUCGCCCUCGUGGCGCCCGCGCCGCCGGCCAAGCCCAAGGACGGGUCAGGCGGCGGCGACAAAGGUAAAAAGAAGCAGCAGCAGGAAGGCGGCGAGAGCGCUGCGGACAAAGUGGCCGGAGAGCAGCAGCAGGGGGGAGGAGGAGGAGGCGGCGGCAAGAAGAAGAACAAGAGCAACAAGCAGGAGGACGGCGGGGAGGAGGAUGCCGGCGGUGCGGCAGCGGCGGCGGCGGCGCAACAGGCGUUCCCGAUGGCCGUGUUGUACGGCAGCGGCGGAGAAGGGUCGUCGGCGUCGUACCGGGUGGAGAUGCUGCACGCGCCGCAGCUAUUCAGCGACGAGAACCCAAACGCAUGCGCCGUCAUGUGAGCCCACCCCGGAGAGAUGCUCCAUGUGUUACACUGCUAGCACUCGUAGGACUACGUAGCUAGACGAUAUAUACGUAGAAAUGUAAUGGUGGAUGGGUCAUGAUGUACGCAUUGUUGCUCUGCCGAUGCGUGCUUGCUUGUCGGCCGUUCUUGGAGUUUGAUCUGUUGUUGUUGGUUGGUGCCACGCCACUAUGAUUCAUUUCGAUCGACGAUCGGCAUUCAA